AUGAGUACCUCAGAAAGCCUGGACAGAAUGGAGCUAUGCGAAAGCCUCUUGACAUGGAUCCAAACAUUUGAAGUGGAGGCUCCAUGCCAGACUGUUGAAGACCUGACCAGCGGUGUUGUCAUGGCACAGGCCCUACAAAAAAUAGAUUCAGUAUAUUUCAAUGACAGCUGGAUCAGUCGAAUCAAGUCUGAAGUUGGAGACAACUGGAGGUUGAAGGUCAGCAAUCUCAAGAAAAUUCUAAAAGGCAUCCUAGAUUACAACCAGGAGGUCUUAGGCCAGCAGAUUAAUGACUUCACCCUGCCAGAUGUAAACCUUAUCGGAGAACACUCGGAUGCAGCAGAGCUUGGUAGGAUGCUGCAGCUCAUACUGGGCUGUGCUGUCAGCUGUGAACAAAAACAAGAGUACAUCCAGACGAUAAUGAUUAUGGAGGAGUCAGUGCAGCAUGUCGUCAUGACAGCCAUUCAAGAGCUUAUGAGCAAGGAGACUCCAGUGACGGGAGGAAACGACUCGUAUGUGGACCUGGACAGACAGCUAAAGAAGACGGUGGAAGAGCUUAACGAUGCUUUGGCUACCAAAGAGGAGAUUGCCCAGAGGUGCCGUGAGCUGGACAUGCAGGUGGCAGCCCUGCAGGAGGAAAAGAGCAGCUUGCUUGCAGAAAACCAAGUCCUCAUGGAGAGACUUAACCAGUCUGACUCCAUAGAGGACGUGAACAGCCCUGCGGGACGUAGACACCUCCAGCUGCAGACACAGCUGGAGCAACUACAAGAAGAGACGUUCAGGUUGGAAGCCGCAAAAGAUGACUACCGUAUCCGCUGUGAGGAACUUGAGAAAGAGCUCUUGGAUGUCAGGUCUCAGAAUGAAGAGCUAACAUCACUGGCCGACGAAGCCCAGUCCCUCAAGGAUGAGAUGGACGUGCUCAGGCACUCGUCAGAUAAAGUCUCAAAGCUCGAGGGAAUGGUCGAAUAUUACAAAAAGAAACUGGAGGAUCUGGGAGUUCUACGGAGACAGGUUAAGCUGUUAGAGGAGAAAAACACUAUGUAUAUGCAGAACACAGUGACUCUGGAAGAGGAGUUACGGAAGGCCAAUGCCACGAAGGGCCAGGUGGAGACAUACAAGCGUCAGGUGGUUGAACUCCAGAACAGACUCUCUGAAGAGUCCAAAAAGGCUGACAAGAUGGAGUUUGAAUACAAACGCCUGAAAGAGAAAGUGGACUCUCUCCAGAAAGAGAAAGAUCGCAUGAGGACAGAGAGGGACUCUUUGAAGGAAACCAUCGAGGAGCUGCACUGCGUUCAAGCCCAAGAAGGACAGCUAACGUCAAGUCUGUUCCCGCUCAGCAGUGAAGGCUCGGAUUCGCUUGCUGCUGAGAUCACGACCCCUGAGAUACGGGAGCACCUGAUUCGUCUUCAGCACGAGAACAAGAUGUUGAAGCUGGCCCAGGAAGGCUCCGACAACGAGAAGAUCGCUUUGCUGCAGAGUCUCCUGGAGGACGCCAACAGCAGAAAAAACGAACUGGAGACAGAAAACAGGUUGAUAAAUCAGCGUCUGAUGGAGGGACAGUCUCAGGUGGAGGAGCUUCAGAAAAACCUUCAGGAACAGGGCUCCAAGGCGGAUGAUUCUGCUAUUCUGAAGAAGAAAUAUGAAGAACACAUGGAAAAACUGCGCGAGCUGAACAACGAGUUGCUCAAGAAAAAUGCCCUCAUUGACGACAUGGAGCCCAAAUACAACGCUACCUCCCAACGAGUGGAGGAGCUGGAGGAUGCCUUGAAGAAAAAGGAUGAUGACAUGAAACAAAUGGAGGAGAGAUAUAAGAAAUACCUUGAAAAGGCCAAGAGCGUGAUCCGGACCCUCGACCCCAAGCAGAACCAGGGCUCAGGUCCAGAGGUCCAGGCCCUGAAGAACCAGCUGCAGGAGAAGGACAGGAUGCUGCACUCACUGGAGAAAGAGAUGGACAAAACGAGAAGUCAGAGGGACUACGAGGAGAAACUCAUCGUGUCGGCCUGGUACAACAUGGGCAUGUCUCUGCAGAAGAAGGCGGCUGAGGACCGGCUGGCCAACACCGGCUCCGGUCAGUCUUUCCUGGCCCGGCAGCGACAGGCCACAAGCACACGGCGCUCCUACCCAGGCCACGUCCAGCCAGCCACCGCAAGGUAGAGGGCACCGGGGCUGACAAAAUACUAUGCCAAACUACCUUACACAUCGCCCGAACCUAGAUGGAUGUGCCAGGUUUUUGAGGCACACAAUUAAAAUUCUUGUCUAAUUGGAGGUUCCUGUUUUCCUGCAUUCUGCCCAUUUAUUUUCCUUUUAGUGUCUCCUUAAAAAGACUUGUGAGGUAGAGAUGCCAGGCAAGGCUGCCCAAAAACCUUGAACCUUGAACCACUCUUUUCCUGACAAAGCAUAUUUUUCCUUUGACUCCUGUGAUGUCAGACUUUUGGCCUCUCCACGCCCCAACCCCCACCUCCGAUUUCCCAACACUAGACAUAGUUGUAAAGUCUGACUAACCACCCCGACCUCUGACCACCCCCUCCCACCCGACACUGAGCCCCUGAGCCCCUGAACACACACCCUGUGACAAACCCUUGACACACCGCAGGAGUGUUCCCACCGGCAAGCAAUCUGGACCCUGGGGCGGCGACAGUUUCUGUUCUCUUGAAAACGUACUGUCAUUCUCAUUGUGAGAAACCUGUCUACCUGUUAUUAAUGCAGUAUUUAUGCACAUCUCUACCUGUUAACACAUUAGAGGUUGAGUCCUGUUACUUUAGACUAGUGUUUAAUUUUUCUGGUAACAACUUAUUUUUAAGAGGUCCACAAUUUCCUGGUAAGUAGCCAGUAACGUCUCUGAAAAUUAUUAUUAGUUCUCCCCAAAUUUCUUGAAAAUGACUUCAAUGUUUAACAUUAUAUUCAUGUAUUUAUUUGCCAUAUCCUGGUAAGCAGUUUAUGAUUUAUUAUCAGUUCUGUUCUGGUACCCUGAACGGUGUUGUAAAUUACCCUAAUAUUAUUUAGUGUGUAUCUUCUGAUAUUUCCCCAAAGCAGUUGAUUAUUACAGAGGCAGUUACCACAGAUCGAGAGGCUUUGCGCUCAGUGACAGGAGAGUUUUAGUUCUCGCCACAGGCUUGGUGCUUCACUUGAAUACCUGAGGGCUGAGCUCAGGCUGAUGUAUAACCAUCAUCUGUUUACACACAACCUUAGAGAAAUAACAGCCUAUUAUAUUACUCAAAAGUACUUAUAAAUUACAGCACACGCUGUAAGAAAAACAACGAUGUAAAUUAAAGUUGUUUUUUUUGUUUGUUUUUUUUUGUUAAAUAAGUAACUGUUGUUCAUUUGCUACUUGUAUUAAUCUACAAGGAAAAAGGUGACAGAUUAAUAUUUCUGACCCUGAGCCCCUUACACCUCUAAUAUUUUUUUCCGAAGAUCAUUUUUUGGGGUAUCUCUGCUUUAUUAGACAGGCACAGUAGAGAGAGACAGCAAAGACAGCAAACAGCCUGGGUUAGAUUCAAACGCAGGCUGCUGUGACUUAGCCUCAGUUUGACGUGGUACUUGCUCUACACAGUGAGCCACCGGGACGCUCCAGGCUCUACCGCCUUUAAAAGUGUGUCCUACCACUCCAUCUUGGCAUUUCAGUGGUUCCAGUCUGUCAACCUGAGGUUAUUUUCUUAGAGCUCUGGGCGACAGAUUCCCUUGAGGCAUUAAACGCUCUCCUUGCAAGCGCGCCAGGAUUUCUCUAUAUUUUGGGUGUGUAACCCUGUAUUUGGAUGCAUGUUGUGGUUAAUCCAGUAGUGGAUGAACCUGUCAGUCUGCUACGCUCUGCAGGACUGUGUUAUGGUCUCACUACCAGGCAUCAUAUAUUAGCACACCAGUGGACCGGCUCUUGCUUUGUCCCAUCUGCUGGCUGCAGCUAAUAACACAACCUGAAUGAUAAAUGUCAUAUAUUGUUGCCAUUUUAAGGUUAUUCAAGGGUUUGCUUGUUGAUAUGUACAAUCCACUUAAAAAAAAACCCUGGUUUAAACAAAGCACCAGAUUGUUGUGCACCCUGCAAAUCAAAUCUGUUAUCCAAAACAGUUGUGAAUAGUGUCAUGUACACUAAAUCCAUUUAUAAAGGAUGAACCAUAAUUUACAAAGGCUUUGGGCUGGAUGUCAUGCAUCAACCCAACACACUCAUCAUCUGCAUCCAUCCGUUUUAUCCUUUGC